CCUCUCCCAGCACUCCCUGGGGGAUCCCUCUAAAUUACAAGCUGGGACUCUGUUUUUCAGCAUAAACACAAAAAGAGGAGCAAGAGCUCUUUGUCUCCGUCAGACUGUGUAGAACGAACGCAUCAUACAGGAUGUCAAACAACAUGGCAAAGAUCACUGAGGCUCGGCAGGCUGUGGAGCAGUUAAGAAUGGAAGUGAAUAUUGACAGAAUGCAGGUGUCUGUUGUGGUUUCAGAUAUUCUGUCGUUCUGUCAGUCUCAUUCUCCUGCAGACCCGCUGGUGUCUCCCAUUCCAUCUGCUGAGAAUCCCUUCAGAGAGAAACAUCUCAUCUGUGCUGUACUUUGACCUUGAAUCUACUAUGGCGUGCUCCAGAUACAACACAACUUAACAUGCUGGCUUAUUCAGUUACCUUUUCUUAUGCCUGGCCAGCUCUGUGUGACAAACUAUAAAAAUAUUUAGUGUUGUGUGUACAUUUGAUUAAAAAAUAAAAAGUGAAUUUUUUUG